AUGUUUGUUCGGAAUGUUUGGUCUGCGGCAGAAUUAAAGUUUUGCUGCAAACCCAUGUUGUUGAAGAAGCCUAAUAAUAUUGGAUAUGCUCAGUUCCAACUAAGACAACCUUUUCAUAAUUCGCGGCGCAGUGCACGACGCCCCAUUAUUGAACCAAACCCACUAGAAAUCCCACAAAUUGAAUCGGGUCCUUUGAAUGCUAGUUCAUUGGUAAAGCCACUGCUUUUUACUGUAGGGGUAACAGGAGUAAGUUUAGCUGGCUGUGUUAUAUGGGAAUAUGAAAAUGUUAGAUCUCAUGCAAAAGCUUUUCUUAGAAGACCAAAUAGCUGGCUCAAUUCUCAUCAAAGGCGAAACUCUCAGAAAUCUGAGCCAGGUCCAAUUAGACAAUGGUGGGAUUCAUUAAGAACUAGUGAAAAAGUAUUUUAUCCUAUCCUUGCUGCUAAUUUAUUAGUUUUUGGAGCCUGGCGUGUGAGAGCUUUACAAACUUUUAUGAUUAGAUAUUUCUGCUCAAAUCCCUCUGGUAGUGCAGUGUGUCUUCCUAUGGUUCUAUCAACAUUUAGUCAUUAUUCAGGAUUUCACUUAGCUGCAAAUAUGUAUGUUUUAUACAGUUUCAUGCCAGCUGGCAUUGCAGCAUUGGGAAAAGAGCAAUUUGUAGCAAUGUAUAUGAGUGCUGGUGUAAUCAGCAGCUUUGCCAGUGUUCUGUACAAAGUUAUGGUAAAUCAGCCUGGUCUUAGUCUUGGUGCGUCAGGAGCAAUCAUGGCAGUGUUGUCUUAUGUAUGUGUGCAAUAUCCUGACACCAAACUGAGCAUAAUAUUCUUGCCAAUGUACACCUUUGCUGCUGGCACUGCAAUCAAAGUUAUUAUGAGUGUUGACUUAGCUGGAGUUGUCUUGGGGUGGAAAUUCUUUGACCAUGCAGCUCAUUUAGGUGGAGCAUUAUUUGGCAUGGCAUGGUGUUAUUGGGGCGGCCUACAUGUUUGGGGUAAUCGAGAUAAGUUUCUUCAAUAUUACCACAACUUUAGAAAAGAUUCUAGAUAG